GGGUGCACUCAAGUGUUAAACUAUCUGACAAAGGAUGUGAAGCAUGGAGAAACCAAGACAGAGUCGGCUGUAAAAUGUUAACAGAAGUUGGACUUUUAGUACAUUAAACAUGGAUGGAACUGCAAGCGGAACGGCAGAACCUCAAGAGACCGAUGGCACACAGAAUAGACCCAAUGAUGAGGUGGACAGGGUCUCGGAUGAGGAUGGGCCUGCGUCUGAGGCUCCUGUGGAAGGGGAUGUGGAGACUGGAGCACAGAACUCCAGGGACAGCCGGAAACUGGACUGCAUCAUCUGCUACAGUGCCUAUAAUCUGGGAGAGAGACUCCCCCGCAAACUCUACUGUGGUCACACGUUCUGCCAGGCCUGUCUGAAGCGGCUGGACACCCUCAUCAAUGAGCAGAUGUGGAUCCCCUGUCCACAGUGCCGGCAGAACACUCCUCUACCUCAUGGGGGUGCCACCGGACUAGACCUAGACCUGGCAGCAUUUCUGGGUGUUAAAGCUGAAGUGGAAAACCAGCGAACCUACAGCCAGAAAGCACCGCUGGAGACCAAGCCCUCCGUUAUAAAGCAGCCAAUCACAGAUCAACCACCCUCAGCCUGGGCCAAUGUGGCAGUAGCAGAGCAUCGCUUCCGCAGAAGCCCUUGUUGCAAGCACUGCCUGCUCUGCUGCUGGUGGUGCUAGAUUCACGUUCACAU